AUGAAUGAUCACACCAGUUCCUCCCUGGUCGUGGAAGACAAAGACUGGUCGUGGAAGACAAAGACUGGUCGUGGAAGACAAAGACUGGUCGUGGAAGACAAAAGACUGGUCGUGGAAGACAAAAGACUGGUCGUGGAAGACAAAGACUGGUCGUGGAAGACAAAAGACUGGUCGUGGAAGCCUCACCAGAAUGGUCUCAUUGAUGAAUGUGACCCUUCAAGUGACCCUUCUAGUGACCCUUCAAGUGACCCUUCAAGUGACCCUUCUAGUGACCCUUCAAGUGACCCUUCUAGUGACCCUUCAAGUGACCCUUCUAGUGACCCUUCUAGUGACCCUUCAAGUGACCCUUCUAGUGACCCUUCAAGUGACCCUUCUAGUGACCCUUCUAGUGACCCUUCAAGUUACCCUUCAAGUGACCCUUCAAGUGACCCUUCUAGUGACCCUUCAAGUGACCCUUCAAGUGACCCUUCAAGUGACCCUUCAAGUGACCCUUCUAGUGACCCUUCUAGUGACCCUUCUAGUGACCCUUCUAGUGACCCUUCAAGUGACCCUUCAAGUGACCCUUCUAGUGACCCUUCUAGUGACCCUUCUAGUGACCCUUCAAGUGACCCUUCUAGUGACCCUUCUAGUGACCCUUCUAGUGACCCUUCAAGUGACCCUUCUAGUGACCCUUCUAGUGACCCUUCUAGUGACCCUUCAAGUGACCCUUCAAAUGACCCUUCAAGUGACCCUUCUAGUGACCCUUCAAGUGACCCUUCAAGUGACCCUUCAAGUGACCCUUCAAGUGACCCUUCAAGUGACCCUUCAAGUGACCCUUCAAGUGACACUGGCAUUGUUCCACCACCGCAGCAGACAUGCCACCACCGCAGCAGACAUGCCACCACCGCAGCAGACAUGCCACCACCGCAGCAGACAUGCCACCACCGCAGCAGACAUGCCACCACCGCAGCAGACAUGCCACCAUCGCAGCAGACAUGCCACCACCGCAGCAGACAUGCCACCACCGCAGCAGACAUGCCACCGUCGCAGCAGACAUGCCACCGUCGCAGCAGACAUGCCACCACCGCAGCAGACAUGCCACCACCGCAGCAGACAUGCCACCGUCGCAGCAGACAUGCCACCACCGCAGCAGACAUGCCACCACCGCAGCAGACAUGCCACCACCGCAGCAGACAUGCCACCACCGCAGCAGACAUGCCACCACCGCAGCAGACAUGCACCCACCGCAGCAGACAUGCCACCACCGCAGCAGACAUGCCACCGUCGCAGCAGACAUGCCACCGUCGCAGCAGACAUGCCACCACCGCAGCAGACAUGCCACCACCGCAGCAGACAUGCAAUACACGUGCAGGGAGCUACAACAUCUUGCCCAUGCAGACACACUCCGCCAGUUUAUCUAACGACGAAUCGACGUUAAACUUUCAGACAGUGCCAUGA